AUUUUUCAUUGUUUUCCUCAAAUGGAUAUUUUUCCUGGAAUAAUAUUUUUUUGUUUAUAUGUAACAAAUUUCUCACAUAUCCACAAAACAAUGAUACAUUGCGGUAUAAAUGUAUAAGAGCAAGAUACGUCAAGAUAGGUUAUAAACAAAAAAGUGUUUGAAGAUUUCUAUGAAGAAACACUACAUUUAGAAAGAAAUUGGAAAUGUCUAGUACCAUGAGACAGCUGGAGGAGCGUCAGCUCCCAGCAGAAGUGACGACAAUGCUGUGGUCACCAAAAAUGGAUCUUUUAGCAAUUAGUAAUGUAAAAGGUGAAGUCGUUCUUCAUAGGCUUACGUGGCAAAAAGUCUGGUUAUUAAGCCCACAAGAAGAAUCCGACACUAUUGCUCAACUGGCAUGGAGGCCAGAUGGAAAGCUUCUUGCAGUGUGCUACGAGAAUUCCAAACUACUUUGUCUUGUUGAUGUUGAAACUAAAAACACCAUUCAUAAAACAAAAUUACCUACAAACAAUUUAACUGUUUGUGUCAAAUGGUUGUCACUGUCAAAUACAGAGCAUGAAAGCUCAUUGACGAGUGAUAAAUCUAAUAAACCCACAGGUGAUUACCUGCCGCCCUUGCCCAGUUUAAUCAGAGGUUAUAGUACAGAACCUGAACGCAAAGAAUUUUUAUCCAACAUUCUAGAUAUCCUCUUCAUUGGCCAAGAAAAUGGCACAGUAUUAAUAUACAUUUUUGGUAUGUUCUAUUGUGGCACUAUAACCGUAGGCAAUGGACCAAUUUUGCAAAUCACAGGUGGAUCCGAUGACCCAAUAUGGAUUACAUGGAAAGAUGAUAGUUGCAUUAAAACGACAAGAGUAUCUUGUCCACUGCUUGAGAAGAGCAAGGCAUUUCUCAAGGUUGCACAAAUCCAAGCCAACAUAGAAUGUUUAAAGGAUUAUCUGUCACGUACUUUAAUGGCCACUUCUGAAGCUUGGGAGAAAAUACUCUUUGAAAUGGAUGAAAAGCUUACAAGAUAUGCAGAAGCAAAUCCACCUGGCAGUAUGUCUGCAGACUUCUUAGAACUGUUGAUGAUCGGAAUACCCACGAAAAAUUUAGAAAAUUUUCUGCUUCGAGAUCUUACAGAGAAAGGAUUGAAAAAGUUUGGCCACAGUAUCGAAAUGUGUUACAGUAACAUACAGAAAUUAGUCUCGAAAAAUUUAACUAGUGUCGGCAUGGCCUUAGUUUAUCAAUUAGCUGAAUUGAGAGGAUUGGUAAGAGUAGGUGGCACGUACGAAGCGUUGGGAUUACGCGAUGAAAUGCUUAUAACUAAUGCCAUUAAUGAGUCCGAGGCUUUUCUGGCAAAGUCGUAUGAAAUCGAGCAAGUUAUAGAUCAGAGUAUGCGUAAUUACAAAGCAUUUUUCCGGUGGUUAUACGUAGCCAUCCUUCAAUUAACGGAUGGAUCAGUAAUGUCAGAAAUGAGCCGCGUGAAUCAACAGGAAUUGACAUUUAUCGCCGAAUUUCUAAAUGGUUUUGAUAAAACCGUGCCAAGAGCGGAUGGAAAAAUAGCUGUAAAUCUAGAAAAAUUAGGCCAAUAUCUGCGACACGAAAAUCUACAAACUCGCCUGACUACGGAAGGAAGCGAAUGGGCUGCUAUGCUCGAUACAAAUGAUUGCUUGCGCAAUUACGCGCAUAUAGUAAAGCAAGAUUUUAACUUAUCUUUAGUGCAAUCUCAUGCCAAAUUAGUUGCUGCUGUAGAAAAUGUCUUUACUGAAGCUUAUCAAGGCUUAGUCGAUCACUUUGUGAUGAUUUCCAUUUCUUUGUCAUCGUUUGCAUCUCUCAUAUCCUCGCAAAUUAUAACAAGCAAUGGAAAUCUCUUGUUAGCUAUGAGCGACAUUAAUAGCAAAAUUUUGAAACUUUUUAACAUCAGGCACUCGUCUACGGAACCUAUAUCUCUGAAUUCGAAGGUGACUACGAUAGAUAUGAAUUAUAAACAAGGAGAAUAUCCGAAAGAGAGUAUUGAUAUUGUGAUAUUGGAUUUGCAAUUUUACUCACAAGACUACCUUAGUUUGCUUAUAUUGAAUAAACAGACGCAUGCACCGUCUCUUCUACAAGUGCCAUUACAAGAUAUAUCCACCUUUAAAAAUCAAGACGACAAUACGAUGUCCUUAGCCGAUAUUAUCGGUUUGAUGUGGCCGAAACCAUUUCAGGGAAUAUCCGUGAAACGGUUAGCGGUCAGUGGUCCUCGAAAAGUAGCUGCUAUUUUAAGCGAAAAUAAUAGAAAGAUCCGAUUACUCGAGACUGAAGCGGAACCGGAAGAUGAGGAGGAUGAUGACGAGGAAGAAUCACGGACUAUGGAAAGGAUGAUGGACACCACACCUAGUACACACUUUUCUGCGGAAACGAGACCUGAUUCACAAGACUAUUACUAGUUAAAGUAUAAAAAUAAGA